AUGUCAAGUACUUUUAAACUGCGUGCAUUGAGCAAUUGGUUUUUCCCUAACCACAAUGCUUAUAACGGCCACCCUUCUGUCUAUUUCGGAUAUCCAGUUUAUCAUCACAAUCAAUAUGGAAAAGAGAUGGCUACAAAGCUAGGACAUACUGGAAUCAUUGUAGGUCAUGAAAUCGGGCACACAUUUUUCGAUAAACAUGAUAAACUGCAACACUUGCCGUACUUCUCAAAGGAAGUGGAAGAUUGUGUGCAGAAUCAGUAUAAUGCAACGUGCAUGGAGUAUAAGGAACAUUCGUGUGCUACUACAGAUGAUUCCUUGGAUGAAAAUGGUGCAGAUAUUUUUGGAUUACACCUUGCCUACAAACAUUUGAAAUCAUAUUACGGUGAAAAAUUAAGAACAAGGAUAGACCGGUUGAAAAUGACCAACGAACAACUAUUUUUCUAUUCCUAUGCAAUGUCGUUUUGUAGUGGAAGACUGUCUUCUGUCACUUUUGAUAAAAAAACUGGAAAGUAUGGAUCGCACUCUGCAAAAAAUGUUAGAGCAAACGUGAUAGCCCAAUUCCCACCGUUCCAGAAAGCUUUCAACUGUUCAGCAGAUUCAAGAAUGAUGAGAUCGGCCACCAAACCAUGCCACAUUUAUGGAAGUAGAGCACCGGAAACAUUGAAAAAGAUAAACAACUAA